AUGGGAAGCCCCAAAGUGCCAAACGUCCAACCACACUUACCAAUGGCUGAUGAAAAGAAAUCUAUAAAAAACAUAUUCAAAAGACCCUUCCAAGCUUUCUUCCAGAAAGAUAAAAAGAAGGAGAAGGUAAAGAAAAAGGAUACAAUAAACGCUAAAAUUGAAAUUCCGAAGUCCGUCGACAAUAACAAUGUAACAACACCUGUAACGGAUAUUUUGGAAAAAUUUAACAAAUUGGAUUUGGAAUAUAAAGACGUUUCAGACAACGAAGAUGAGUUUAAUAAUUUUUCUUACAAAAUAAUUAAAGAUGAAGUCAGAGAUAAGAGGAACGACUCUCACUCUUCAGAGGACAGUGGUUUUGCAGAGAAAUGUAUUAACGAUAACGCUAACGAAUUCGAAGAUCAAAAAGACAAAGAUUUGGUCGAUUCGUUUAAAAAAUUAAGUGUAGAUCAUAACCAGGUGAAAGAUAGCACAGAAGAUGGCAAAAAGCCUAAAAGAUUGCAGACGGUGGCUAUCACCAGGGGUCCGAUGUAUUCUUCUAAAAGGGGAGAUCAUGCCAAGUCGGUACAUCCCUACAAAGAUACGAGCAACAAUGUUUUCAGCGAGGCCCACAAAGUCGUUUGUGCCUUACAAACAAUGGCUGGAGGGCAGGUCAUAGUGAAUUCUAAUAUACGACCUGCUGAAAACUGCAGCGAUAUCGAAACAGCAUUAAAGCUAGUUGACAUGAGCGUCACAAAUUUCGCUCAAAACUCUCAACAAGAACAAGUCGACCGUUGGCAAAUAGCCCAAGAAUAUGUGAAAGAGACAGACCAAGACAAACUUGAAGACAUGCUGUCAGAAUUCAUCAGUAAUUAUGACAGAACCAACCCCCAAAUCACUAACUUCCCCCCAAACAAACCCCCCACCCCAAACCCUGUGGAAGAGUUCUCGAAUACCAGCCACACAUUCGAUUACGAUAUCGAUUUGCCAAUAAUCGAUGGAUCAUUCGAGAAACCAUCGAUUUUCCUAACUCCACCACGUUCUGAGAAUGUGCCAAGUCCAAUGUCAGAUUCUCAAACUUCUUUUUAUCCCACAACAGAUUACACCCUAUCUCCUGAUACUUCUUCCCCAAUGCAUAACAGCGAUUACGAAAAGUACCAAGAUAUCACCCCCAUAGAAGACUAUCCCAGCUGCAUCACAGAUAAUAUAGAAUCUGAUAAGGAAACAGAUAAAAAAAAAGAGAAAUCAUCCUCCAUGACGAUGAAACAGUUCAAAGAUCUUCAAAAGCAAAUAGCAACGGACUUUUCUAAGAAGGAAUGCUGUCAGAUUAACAGAAAGUCGUGUAAAGCCAUUUUUGAGGAGCACAUCCGUAAAUUGGAAAUUGAGGAAAGGAAAAAUAUAUGUUAUAAAGUCGCCAAUUUGGACUUCAAAACUGCUUAUGGAGUCCUCCACCACAUACUGUUAAAUCUCUCAAAUGAUAAAGAUGAAGAUAUUAAUUUGGCAUUGUUCAGUUUGAUAUGUGAGAAGGUGCUCGCUUUGAGGCCCAUGCUGUUUGUCAAUGAUUUCGGUCUCAACAUACUGAAGCUAGCAGUGCUCCGCUGUUACACCAGACCUCUCCUCACGCGGUACAUAGUGCAAUGUAUACGCGCCGUGACUAGGAGUGAAGCGUACAAACGGACAAACGAACAUGUUUUCUCAGAGGUGGACACGUUGGGUGACAAUCUAGUCAUAGCCUGCGCACGCGCCGGCGACGAGUGUGCGGAUGUUCUGAGUGAACUGGUCAGGUCCGAAGACAAUGAUAUACCACUGUUCAAUAUACACCAUGCUAAUACUGAUGGCUACACGGCCCUGCACGUGUGCUGCGCGGAGCACGGAGCGCGCGCGCCGCACGCGCACGCACUGCACGUGCUGCUGCGGCACGCCGCCGCCGACCUGUGGCGCGGGGAUAUAAAGGGCGGCGACACCCCCCUCCAUCUAGCAGUCAACUCUCCCAACUGUGAUCUCACAAUCGUCAUGAUACUGUUCCAACACAUCGACCGCAAGGAGUGGAGAAGGCUUGCUCACGUGCAGAAUAGAAGCUCAGUGAACCCACUCGAGUACGCGCGGUCCGCUGUAAAAUCGACAACACGUCAGAAUUACCCCAUUGAAGUGUUAGACUUCCUGAAGAAAUGUCGU